AUGGUGGUGGUGUCUCCUUUAGCCAAGUACAAAUUGGUGUUUCUCGGCGACCAAUCUGUCGGAAAAACGAGCAUAAUUACCCGUUUCAUGUAUGAUAAAUUCGACACCACUUAUCAGGCCACUAUUGGCAUUGACUUCUUGUCGAAAACAAUGUACCUUGAAGAUCGAACAGUUCGAUUGCAGCUCUGGGAUACUGCUGGUCAAGAGAGAUUUAGGAGUCUUAUUCCAAGCUACAUUAGGGAUUCUUUUGUAGCAGUGAUCGUCUAUGAUGUUUCUAAUCGACAAUCAUUUUUGAACACUUCAAAGUGGAUUGAGGAAGUACGUACAGAACGAGGGAGUGAUGUCAUUGUUGUUCUUGUAGGGAAUAAAACUGAUCUUGUUGAUAAAAGGCAAGUUUCAAUUGAGGAAGGAGAAGGGAAGGCUCGUGAAUCUGGAAUCAUGUUUAUAGAAACGAGUGCUAAAGCAGCCACACUGCAGCCUUUGUUUAGAAAAAUAGCUGCUGCUCUGCCAGGAAUGGCAACUCAUUCUUCCACGAAACAGGAAGAUAUGGUCGACGUUAAUUUGAAGCCGUCUACAAAUACAUCCCAGACGGAGCAACAAGGAGCCAUAUUGCAGCCUUUGUUUAGAAAAAUAGCUGCUGCUCUGCCAGGAAUGGCAACUCAUUCUUCCACGAAACAGGAAGAUAUGGUCGAUGUUAAUUUGAAGCCGUCUACAAAUACAUCCCAGACGGAGCAACAAGGAGGUGGCUGCGCAUGCUAG